CCAAACUCUGUGCCGCAGCCUGUGUGUGCUUUGGGACGGCUGAAGGGGCGCUCUGACCUGCAAAUGAUUCCCUGGCCAUGCCCCAUGGAGGUCUGCGCUCGACCCCUUUGCAGGGGCUUCUUGCUGCAUCCGCCUGGCUGGGUUGGGCCCACCUCGCCAAGCAGGCGUUCGACUUCCUGGCCGGUGCCCUCUGGGCUUUGUGGGGCCUCAUCGCCUUGUCCUGGAAAAGGCAGGGUGCUCAGGGGUCCCUGCCCGAGCUGUGGGAGAGCUGCCCCGAGCUGAGGGUCUACCGGGGAGGAGAUGGUGAGGCUGAGCUGCUCACGGUCCACACACAGCCCUACAGCUUCCAGGUAGGGUCUGGAGGGGGGCUCUCUUGUGCUAAGGGGUGGCAGGAAUCAUAGAAUCAUAGAACUGUGGAGUUGACAGUAUCAACCGCCCGCAAUGCAGGAAUAGACAGGUGUCCCCAACGGGGCUCGAACCUGCAACCUUGGUGUUAUUGGCACCAUGGUUAUCUAACCAUGGUGAGCUAUCCAGGCUGCAUGGAGGCUUUCCCCAGGAGUCAGAUGCAAAUUCACCUGUCGCACCUGUCGGAAUCAGGGGGUCGAAAGGCCAGCUGGCUCGGCCCCAGCUGAAGUGUCUCCUUUCAGCCUUGCCGCUGCGGAGAUCCCUUGACCUCUGCUCAGUGACUCAAGCUUGCAGACUUGAGCACACUUUACUCAGCAGUGUAAACUGCGCAACAGAAGAGGCUUGAGGCUGCAGACACAUACUAAACUACGCAUUUAUUAAACAUAAACCAGGACAAAGAAAACGUCGGAGAGAGAAGGAAAACAGAAGCAAUACAGAGCGGAAGUACCACUCACGCCAGCAAUCUGUGCUGGAAUGCAAACAGACGUGUGACAUGUAACAAUCCCAUGUCUGCAGCAAAGGGUGGAAUGGAAUCGCAACAGCGCCAACUAUGACCGUUUCUGGACAUGCCUGACCACUAUAGUCCAUGCAAAUCUGGACUACUCAAUGUGGGGCUGCCCUUGGGGUUGGUUCAGAAGUUCCAGCAGGUGCGGGAUGCUGUGGUCUGAUGGGAGCAUCUGGUGAAGAACAUGCAACACCAAAUGCUGCCUUGGUUGCCCAUCUGCUACCCAGCCAAGGUCGAGGUGCUUGUAUCAAUUUGCCAAGCCCUGGACAGCUCAGGUCCAGAAUAUCUCAGAGACUGUCUGAACCCUUACAGCCCAGCUCAAUCGCUAAGAUCACCUGCAGGAGCAUCACAGAGCGUCCCCCGAUUUGGAGAGGCUCAUUUGGCAACCAUGGGAAUAGAGACAGGUUUAGGGGAGACCAACCAGGUCCACCACAGGAGGCACCGAGCCACGGGUUGCGAACGCUGCGGAUUGCAAACGUGCUUCCCGCACAGACCACAUUCGCAACCAAGAGUCCACUGUACUAGCAUAAUUUUCUAAUGUUCUCUCUCUCUCUGCCUGGCAGGUGGAUCUGGCCCGGCUGGCGACGGAGAGCGCCUAUUUUGAGGCCCUCUUGAGAUCCCGCAUGCAGGAGGCGUCGGAGAGGCAGCUGGAUCUGAGCCACGUGCCUUCGGGGACCUUCCGCGCCAUCCUGGAGUGGGUCUUCAAUGGGCGUUUCAGCCUAGAAGAGGAAGACCUCUUGCCAGCGGUGCAGACUGCCAGCUACCUGAUGCUCCCGGGGUUUCUGGACCGGUGCUGGGUGGCGCUGAGCCCACUGCUGAGCCCCCAGAACUGCCUGUCAUACCUGGGUUUCAUGGAGGCUGUGGGAUGCCCCGAGCUGAGAGCACUGGUGUCCAGCUACAUGAGUGCGCACCUGUUGGAGCUGCCAGCCCCUGUCGCUGGACGGCUGGACCCCCAACUGCGGGAGGAGCUGGCACAGCUCCGCUUCAAGGGACGCCCCAUGCUGUGCGCCCUGCGCAAGGAGAACGUCAGCCUGGCGCCUGGGGUCCCCCUGGAGUCUCUGCAGGGCCUCUACCACCGCCCUCUGCCCCCCAAGGAGGGGGACUGGCGCUGUGCCACCCGCCUGCCCUUCCAGGCCGAGAAGUGGAGCUUCAGCACAGCACAGCUCCUGAACUACCUCUUUGUCAUGGGGGGCUACCGGGAGAAGCGGGGGGCCCGCAGUUUCACCUUCCGUAUGGCGGCCUUCCGCUACAACCCCUUGACGGGAACGUGGGCACCCACCGCUGCCCCUAAUAAGGUCAGGUCCUGCUCUAAGGCCAGGGCUGUGUCUCAGGUACCACAUAUACACAUACAUAAACACACUGUAUUUUUCCAUCUAUAAGACGUCCCCAUGUAUAAGACGCCCUAUUUGGGGGGACUCCGAUUUAAGAAAAUGGGGAAAGAUGGCCCCCAUGUAUGACGCCCCCAAAUUCUGGACAUAAUUUUUUAGGGGGAAAACCUAGUCUUAUACAUGGAAAAAUACGGUGUGUGUGUGUGUGUGUAUAUAUAUAUAUACCGUAUUUUUUGCACCAUAACACUCACUUUUUUCCUCCUAGAAAGUAAGGGGAAAUGUCUGUGCGUGUUAUGGAGGAAAUGCCUACGGGUGGCAUGCCUACUGAUUUUCCUCCUCUAAAAACUACGUGCGUGUUAUGGUCGGGUGCGUGUUAUAGAGCGAAAAAUACGGUAUAUAUAUAUAUAUAUAUAUAUAUAUAUAUAUAUAUAUAUAUAUAGAUUUUCCAUUUUAUAAUAUACGGUAUAGCCACAUCAUUAUUACAGUCAUACUUCAGGUUGAAGUAGCUUCAGGAUGAGUAUUUUUAGGUUGUGCUCCGUGGUGACCCGGAAGUAACAGAGCGUGUUACUUCCAGGUUUCACUGCUCGCGCAUGCACAGACGGUCAAAAUGACGCCAUGCACAUGUGUGGAAGUGGCAAAUCGUGACCCACACACGUGCAGACGUGGGUUGCAUUCGCUUCAGGAUGUGAAUGGGGCUCUGGAACGGAUCCCGCUCGUAUCCAGAGGUACCACUGUAUUCACAUUAUCUCUUUUGCUCAUUAGAGCCUAUUGACUUCCGUCCCUCCCGUCUCAUGGCUUUCAAAAUUAACCUUUAUAUCACUGCCUUUGUACGUUUUCCAAUUCUAGUUGAUUCAUUACAGAUAGCAUUGAAAUUAAUAUUAUCAUUAAAAGGGAGGAAGUUGCCCAUUACAAGUCUUUAGUCAACCCUGCUAGCGAUGUUUAAUUGCUUACAGUGAUCUUUCAAGUAUCAUAUAUAUAAAUUUACUACAGUCCUUGUGGAAUACUCAAUCCUGCUGGUUAAGGAUCCUUCCUGUCAGCUUCGCCAGUUCUGCAAAGUUCAUCGUUUUCAUCUGCCCCUCUUCCAUUUGCUUGGUUUCCUAAAAUCAGAGUGUGAAACAAAAACAAACAAACAAAAAGCUCCAAUUCCGUGAUUCCCAAUGUGGGGCGAUUUGAUUUUUAAAGGGGGCAAUUUGAGAAUGAGUUAUUAACAGUGAAUGGCCUUUGCAGCUUCCUCCACAUAAAUAGGAGUUCAGACUCCGCCCCUGGUCCUGGUCUUUACACCUCCAGCACUUAUUAGCUCUUGUUCUAUGCAUUUCUGCUAAUUUAACCAGGGUUAGAUACCACCAGUACAUCAUUUUCAUCUUGUAGCCUUAUUAGACUAUACCGAUUGGUGGGGUCUGCGUUGCUCCCGGGAGGGAGAAAGGAAGUCAAAUGACACCGAGGUUGAUUCAGAGAAAGAGUUUAUUCUGCUCUCCGGAUAGCAGAAGGCACUUGCGUGGUCAGUCCACAGCAAGUCCAAAGAAAUGAGAAAUUCCAUGCAGUAUAUAUAUCCUCCAGGCACCCUCUCCCCCCUUCCCCAGGAAUCCAACCACGUCAGCUUAUACACGUAAGUUGACAUCCAUGACCAUAAACAGAUCAUAGAAUCAUAGAGUUGGAAGAGACCACAAGGGCCAUCGAGUCCAACCCCCUGCCAAGCAGGAAACACCAUCAGAGCACUCCUGACAUAUGGUUGUCAAGCCUCUGCUUAAAGACCUCCAAAGAAGGAGACUCCACCACACUCCUUGGCAGCAAAUUCCACUGUCGAACAGCUCUUACUGUCAGGAAGUUCUUCCUAAUGUUCCUGUUCCGGUACUCUUAACCAUAAAAGGUUGUUCCUGUUCCUGUUCCUAUACUCUUAUCUUGGGGCAGGAAGAUAACCAACUCUAAGAGCACUCCUGGCGCCAUUCCCGGGUCUCUUGUCAGACCUGACAAGGUCUGUGCGUCAGUGUGUAAGAUAAGACCCAGAUGUGCCAUCCCUGCUCCACUCAGAACUGGCAAGGCCAUCCAUUGCCGUCACGGACUGAUAACGGAGAGGGCUUUGAGCACUUGUUUAUACAGUUGAUUUUCUGUUUAUACAUUGGCUCAAGUGCUCAAGUUAAUGCAUUUUAGAAAUGCUUCCUUGGAGAAGGAAAAAAUGAGGAUUUUGGGUUCCGUUUCAGACUGACUGCACAGAAACCCAUUCCUUCAAUCUUAUUCUCUUUCAGCAGUGCCUCUCCCUUCCUGACACUCUCUGCUUUCCUGUUCCUCUUGCAGCGCCGGCGACACUUCAGCAGCGUUGUGGUGGGGCACCACAUCUAUGCUGUGGGGGGCUGGUUCCUGGACUCGCUCCUGCCCCCGGACAGCAGCACCCGCCUGUACACGGCCGUGGAGCGCUACGACCCUUGGGCUGACUCCUGGGCCUUCGUCUCCUCCCUCCCCAUGGGAGACUUCUCCUUCGCCGUCUCCCUGUCCCACGACCUGCCCCUCUGCACGGCGCAUGGCAGCUGCAUCUACGCCCUGGGCAGCGUACAACGCACCGGGGAGAAACUUCUGCUGUGCUACGAUGUGGCCGCUGGUGAGGAGCAGACAAUGAAGCAGCCUAUGCACCGCGCCAUAGGUGCCAACUCCCUGGGGCCCUGGGUGCCUGAGCACCCACAAAACUCCCCAUCAAUUGGCCAGGCACCCACAAAAUUCAGUGCCAGGGCCAUGCACGCUGCAGGGCACCCACCGUCCCGGACAUCCACAGUUGCGCUGCCAGGCUGGCACGCAUGCGCCACAGCAUUGCACAGAGAGGGGAAGGCAAGGUGGUGUUAUGUGUGAGAAAAGAGAUAGGGGUGUCAGUACUUAGUUUUAUUCAUUGCAGAAGGUUUACACACUGCUUGAUUUUUUUAAAAAAAAGAAAACCCUCAUAGCGGUUUACAAAAAAAGAUAACCACAGUGCUUUUUUCCUGGAAAAGAGGUGCCAGAACUCAGCCUUGAACCUUGUUCUCUUAUAAGGGCAAGGGUGAGAGGUGCCAGAACUGAGUUCUGGUGAGUUCAGGCCCCCCGAAAGCCCUGGAUAGUAAUAUUACGAGCCAGAAAAAUGAACAAUGAUUUGAAACUUUCAGAAAGUUGAAAUAACUGUAGACUAAAAACAGGUUAUGGGACAUGGGUGGUGCUGUGGGAUAAACCACAGAGCCUAGGACUUGCCGAUCAGAAGGUCGGCGGUUCGAACCCUCACGACGGGGUGAGCUCCCGUUGCUCGGUCUCUGCUCCUGCCAACCUAGCAGUUUGAAAGCACGUCAAAGUGCAAGUAGAUAAAUAGGUACCACUCCAGUGGGAAGGUAAACGGCAUUUCCAUGCGCUGCUCUGGUUCGCCAGAAGCGGCUUAGUCAUGCUGGCCACAUGACCCGGAAGCUGUACACCGGCUCCCUCGGCCAAUAAAGCGAGAUGAGCGCCGCAACCCCAGAGUUGGCCACCACUGGACCUAAUGGUCAGGGAUCCCUUUACCUUUACCUUAAAAACAGGUUAAAACUUGUAAGUUUUGAAACAUCUGGAGAGGCUCCUCUAAGCAGGAACCUUUUCGGCGGAUGCCGAAAAGAGUACAGCGAAGAGUACAUCAAGAGGCAGGGAGUUCCAAAGUGUAGGUGCAGCCAUGCCAGGAGUUCUCACGAAAGCAGAACAGAUAUUUUGUGGCGGUUCCACUGAUCAGCAUGGUCGGGUGGGCACAUACUGGGGAAGACGGAGGUGGCUGAUUGUGAGUUAAGCGGGCAGGGAAGGACGGGGGUAUCAGCAAGGGCUGGCAGUGGGUGCGAGGGCAGGGGAUCUGGGCUGUGGGUCCGGCCUGAGGGUGGUUACAUCCCCGCCUUCUCUUCUCCUUGCAGACACGUGGCAGGAGCUGCUUCCGACUCUGACGCGGGCAGACGCUGACCUGCCUGGGCUCUACUUCCUGGGCGGCACGGAGCCCCUCUUCGUGGUGGGGGGCAAUGCCCAAGACAACGUGGUCACCUCCUUCUGCCCCAGGACCCGGCAGUGGGGCCCUGCCCGGACCCUGCCCAAGUGCAGCCUGGCCGGACAGGGCCUGGCUUUAGACGGCACCCUAUAUAUGGCCUCUCCUGACUUGGAGGCCCUCUUGGAAGUGGAACUCGGAGUCCCAGACUGCCACCCGCUGCCUCCGCCACCCUUUCCCCUGUCCUAUGAGGCCAUCUUCCUGCUCCACUUCCCCCCAGAAGGCUGUCGGGAAGAAGAAACAGAGUCAGGGGGACCCCAGGGACUUUAAGUCUCCCGUCUCCCCUCCUCCCUUUUGUCUGCCUGUCUUUUCCCGUCUGUCCAGUGAAAAAAAGACAGUCACGGAACCAAGAAAUUACACAAAAGAAAUUACCGUGAAAAUCCCUGAAACAAGAAGUAAUCGACUAUAGAAGAACAAAAAAAAAAAAAAAAUCAAUUAAACAAAGACUUUACGAGAUGCUGGCUACAAAAUUCAUUUCACUGAACUAAUCAGUUUCCUCAGAAGGAAAUAAAGAAAUUAUAAGAUUUUAAGUGAUAUCAAACAAGCUCAAGAGCAGGGCUGAAAAUGCUUCCUCGAGUUUACAAAAAAGGUAUGGAAACCUUAAUGACAAGUUUUAAACAUAGCCCUAUUUAAGAGAAUCCAGCAGUAGUGAUAAGAAAUUGAGGUUUAAAAGUUUCAAACAAACUCAAAAAAACAGGGCAGAAACUCAAAAAAGUUUUAAACAUAACCCUAUUUAAGAGAACCAAGCAGUAGUAAUAAGAAAUUGAGGUCUGAAGUUUCAAACAAACUCAAAAACAGGGCUGAAGCGCUCCUGACUGCUGAUGUUAAAGACUUCAAACCUUUAUUUUGUAUUACUAUUAUUACUGGAUUCUCUUAAAGAGAGCUAUGUUUAAAACUUGUCAUUGAGGUUUUCAUACCUUUUUUGUAAACUUGAGGAAGCAUUUUCAGCCCUGCUCUUGAGCUUGUUUGAUAUCACUUAAAAUCUUAUAAUUUCUUUUCCCGUCUGUCCGGCAGCUCUGGGAUUUGGACCAGAUUAUUGGUGACCUGUCAAAGUUAGUUGGUGGCUCACGGCACCUGGACCUGUCUGAUGUUAUCAGCCGAGAUGGGCCUUUCAUGGGUCAAGCCCUCUUGCUGGGCACCCUCCCCCACCCUCCCUUGCCCUCUCACCCAAAUACCGGCCUCUAUUUAUAGCACCACGGCUUGCAAAACAGCUGCGGCUGCAAACGAAAAGGGUGGUCUGGCUCCUUCCUCCACUCCCGAUUCUGCACGCGCGGCACGGAGUGUCUCUCUCCCUGCCCCAGGCCCAAACAGCUACCUGGGAGCUUCUCUCUGACCCAGAUCCUCCCCCUAACUCACAACAGCCCACGGUCUUUCAGAACUUCUUAUUUUUGCUGCAAAGGAGCUGCAGGGUUAAGUUUACAACAAAUCAUCACAAAAUUGCAGGGCACAAGGAGGGCACCUAAAUCCCAUCUAGUCCAACCCCCGUGCCUGGAGUGGCCUGCAUCUAUUGGAGAAAUGUUGCGGUUCAGUACCCAAUAACCUUUGGGUUCACAGCCUGGGCAGCCCAUAAAAUCCAGACACCAUUUGCCAGUCAUACGGGAUUAUUUUAUUUUAUUUGUGGUUUGGUGUGACUAUUAAUUUCACAAAUGAAGCAUAUGGUAGGAAGGUACUUACAUUAUACAAUACAGUCUGGUGCACAUAAUUCUGAUAUCUGUAACCAGUGACAAAAAGAACGGAUACUGAAACGUAUAAUUUUGAAUUGUUACUGGUAUAAACUAUUAUUUGCCUGCUUAACUGUGUUCAGUGUCGGGAAAGCGUGGGAGAUCUGAGCAGGAGGAGACAGACUGGAACCGCAGUAGAAAAUCCUGCUUUGAGUUGCAGGGUUUUGAAAGAGCUCAGAACUUGCUGCAGACUGUGGGACAGCAAGAAUUUUGAAGCAAAAAAACCCUCUCUGGGAGCAGAGAGAGUCCUACUUGUAACCGGAUAUAAAGCAUAUGUAUAUGCAGCAUAUGUUUGUGUGUGUGCAGUAAACUACAACUCUGCUAAACAAAUGUUUCGUGUGGUGAGCUUAAAGCUUCUGUGCUACACAAACACAGAACACGCCCAACAAGAUGGGAAGGGAUGGAGAAGCAGCAACGCAGGAUGAAGCCAAGCUUACAAUUCUUGGGCUGUUGCUUCAUUUCUCAGGCCGUGAGGUUCUGUUCCUCUCUCUCCAGGGCAGCGAGUUCCUCCAGAAGUUUCUGUUUCUCCUGCUGCAGCUCCUGCAGCCUCUCUUCCUACAAGAGACCCUCCAGCCACUGCAUCAGAGGACCACCGAUGAUCAACAUCUGGCUGCACAGCUUCUUAGUGAACACCGAUCCAUUGUGGAUCUUGGUGAUAGGCUCCAGAUGAGAAAGGCUAUGGAUUUUCCUGAAGGCAUCUUGCUCCUCUUGACGCAAUACCCUGGGGAACGCCAUCAUGGACUCAAGGCACGCUUUCCCCAUGCCGGUGUGAGGAAUCAGGUGAACAGGAAUUUCAACCCUUUCAUAUUUGCAGGAGCUCUUUGGGGCUUGAAGGGACUGGAAGCAGGUGAAGACAAUCUGGUCCGUCCUUGUGCUUUUGUCCUCGCCAAAACAGGAGAAGAUCAGCCCCGCAAAGUCUCUGUCCAACAUCUGAUACAUCACUUGCGUGCAGAGGUCGAUGUGCGAUGGCCAAACGGUGACGUGGGGGUGGGAAUGAUGAUGUUGUUGUUGUUGUUUAGUCGUUUAGUCGUGUCCGACUCUUCGUGACCCCCUGGACCAGAGCACGCCAGGCACUCCUGUCUUCCACUGCCUCCCGCAGUUUUGUCAAACUCAUGCUGGUAGCUUCAAGAACACUGUCCCACCAUCUCGUCCUCUGUCGUCCCCUUCUCCUUGUGCCCUCCAUCUUUCCCAACAUCAGGGUCUUUUCCAGGGAGUCUCUCUUCUCAUGAGGUGGCCAAAGUCUUGGAGCCUCAGCUUCAGGAUCUGUCCUUCUAGUGAGCACUCAGGGCUGAUUUCCUUCAGAAUGGAGAGGUUUGAUCUUCUUGCAGUCCAUGGGCCUCUCAAGAGUCUCCUCCAGCACCAUAAUUCAAAAGCAUCCAUUCUUCCGCGGUCAGCCUUCUUUACAGUCCAGCUUUCACUUCCAUACAUCACUACUGGGAAAAUGGGAAUGAUACCAGCUCACAACCCUUGUGGGCUGUCCCGUUAACUCAGCCAACCUCUCCGCUUCUGUCGAAGCAGCCGAGAGCUGCUCCAGGGAAAUCUCCACCUGAUCUUUCCUCGUAUCUGAGCGGAGCAGAAUGAUCACAGAGUGAAUGUGAGCAAUUCGGCCAGCUCCAACCUCGCUGAGGCAGAGGCCCAUGACCUCUUCUUGCUGAGUGCUCAGAGCGUGGACCGUGCAGACCAGGAAGGCAUCUGCCUCCAAGUGCGCGGCCUGCAACGCCAUCGCCACCUGCUUCGCUUUCUGCCUGCCGCUCCUGUUCAGGGGAAGAGAGACGACGAACGUGCCAGUCAAUGGCCCCAAACAUCCCUUCCACCAAGGCCUGCCUGCACAGAGAACGAGACAAACAAGAUGUGACUACAUUAUUACAUGAGCACUGUUCCACAGCAUUGGAUAUUUUCAUUUACAUACAUUCAUUCAAAAUAAGAUGGGUUCAUGAAGCAAUUCUAUAUCCUCCCACCAUGCUGAUGAAGAAUUCUACAAAACAGUAGUCAAUAUCGGGAAUCACUGUUCUGUGUUGGACAUCAUAUGUGCUGAACACACAAAGUUUCACAGCUUGUCUGUCAUCCUACACAGUCUGGUACCUUGCUUCAUUUAAAGAUUUCCAGAGACUUUGAGACUAAAGAUUUCAUUUUGGACUUGUUAUGGUUUGAAGGAAUUCUAUAAAGAUUGUCUGUUGCG